AUAAUAUACAAUCCACCUUCUUGGCAGUAGUGACCUGAUCCAAUUUGAGUUCCUGUGGGCAGCGGAGUGAAGAAACUUGUUUUAAAAUCCAGCGCUGUUUUUAAGUUGUGGCAAAGCUUCUUCAUAGUUAUAUAUGUUCCUUGGAUUUAUUUUCAAUUUAAUCAGCCAGCCAGCAGCAGGGAGGCUAGCUGGGGUCUUGUUUGUUGCUGAGGUGGUUAAGCUGGUCUGUAAGGUUUGGACUGGCUAGCUGAGCUAAGCUUCGCUUUAUAGAAAACAGAAAUAAAGAAAUACACUUUUAUUUUUGUGUGAACUAAAACUUCAACAGGCGAACAUGAGGAUCACGGUGGAUUUUGAGGAAUGUCUCAGAGACUCUCCGAGAUUCAGGGCCACCAUUGAGGAAGUGGAGGGAGAUGUGUGUGAGCUGGAGUCCAAAUUAGAUAAGUUGGUGAAGCUGUGCAUUGGGAUGAUCGACGCUGGAAAAGCGUACGUCACGGCCAACAAGCAGUUUGUGAACGGCAUCCGUGAAUUAGCACAGCAGUCAGCUGAAGAUGAGGUCAUUGAGUCGAGUCUGACGAAGUUUGCUGAGAGUUUGCAGGAGAUGACCAACUAUCACACUAUUUUAUUUGACCAGGCACAGCGCUCGAUCAAGUCACAGCUUCAGAUGUUUGUGAAAGAGGACCUGCGCAGGUUUAAGGAGUCAAAGAAGCAGUUUGAUAAAGUGAGCGAGGAGAAGGAGGCAGCACUGAUAAAGAACGCUCAGGCUCCUAGGAAUAAACAACAUGAGGUGGAGGAAGCUAACGCUAUCCUCAGCGCUACACGCAAAUGCUUCCGUCAUAUUGUCCUGGAUUACGUCCUCCAGAUUAAUCUUCUACAGUCCAAGAGACAAUCAGAAAUCCUUAAAUCGAUGUUGUCCUUCAUGUAUGCCCACCUGACCUUCUUCCACCAAGGUUAUGACCUGUUCAGUGAACUUCACCCGUUAAUGAAGCACCUCGGGGGACAGUUGGAACAGUUGAUGAUGGAUGCUGCAAAGGAUAAGAGGGACAUGGAAACAAAACACUCCACUAUUCAGCAAAAGGCGACUCAGCAGGACUAUUCGAAUGACGACACCAAGCUGGAGUACAAUGUGGAUGCCGAGAAUGGGAUCAUUAUGGAGGGUUAUCUGUUCAAGAGGGCUAGUAAUGCAUUCAAAACAUGGAACAGGCGCUGGUUCUCAAUUCAGAACAAUCAGUUAGUCUACCAGAAGAAGUUUAAGGAUAACCCCACGGUGGUGGUGGAAGAUCUUAGAUUGUGUACAGUUAAACACUGCGAGGACAUUGAGCGCCGUUUCUGCUUUGAGGUGGUUUCACCAACAAAGAGCUGUAUGAUGCAGGCCGAUUCUGAAAAGUUGAAACAGGCGUGGAUCAGGGCCAUGCAGAACAGCAUCGCUACAGCCUUCAGAGACAGAUCAGAUGAUUCAGAGAAGUUGGACAGGAAGUCAUCACCGUCCACAGGAAGCUUGGAGUCAGACCCGAGAGAGAAGAGUCUAAAAGGAGAAGGCGCCUUACAGAAGGUCAUGGCCAUCGCAGGAAACGGUGUAUGCUGCGAUUGCAGCCAACCGGAUCCCAAAUGGGCCAGCAUUAAUCUGGGAAUCACGCUGUGUAUCCAGUGUUCCGGCAUCCACAGGAGUUUAGGAGUUCAUUUCUCCAAAGUGAGAUCUCUGACACUGGACACGUGGGAGCCAGAACUGUUGAAGUUAAUGUGUGAGCUUGGAAACGGUGUCAUAAAUCGGAUAUAUGAAGCUCGAAGGGAGGAGCUUGGAGCACGGAAACCACAACCAGGAGCCUCCAGACAGGAUGUGGAGUCAUACAUCAGAGCCAAGUAUGUCGAUCGGCGGUUCAUCAGAAUGCCGUCAGAUGAAGAACUGAAGCUGAAGAUCAUGGCGUUGACUGUAGCACCGAAACGACUCAGUGACCCCUCCGAAUCACAAGCACGACCAGCAGCUCAACAAGCACACACACAGAAAACACGACCAGCAUCCAGGGCUUUGGCUGCGAGUGUCCUUGACGUUUCCAGCGAAUCUCUCUUCUGUCCUGCUGAAUUAGAUUCUCUCUUCUCCUACUUUGAUGCGUCUGGCCAGCGCAGUAUUAAAGGUGCAGAGAGUGGCAUUGUAAACAAAGCUGAAGGAAGCCCUGGGGUUGUAAACACAAGCCAGAAUCAUACAGAAGUACAGGAGUCACAGUCUUCCACAUGUAGCAGUAAGGAGAAGCUGGUUUUCUCUGAACCAAAGCAGUUCUGUCCCAGUUUGCAGCUGUAUUGGGCCUCAUUCACACGUAGCCUCCCUGACAUGGCUGAGGCUCUGGCACAUGGGGCAAAGGUCAACUUUAUCAACACAGAUGAAGAGAAGAGAUCACCGCUGAUCAUGGCUGUACACGGAGGCUCUCUUGUUACGUGUGAGUUUCUGCUCCAGAAUUCGGCCAGUGUGAAUCAGUGUGACAGUCAGGGUAGAGGACCACUACACCAUGCCACCAUCCUCGGACAUACCGGACAAGUGUGUUUAUUCCUGAAGCGUGGAGCCAAUCAGAAUGCAGCAGACAUUGAAGACAAAACGCCGCUGUCCAUUGCAGUGGAAGCGGCUAAUGCAGACAUCGUAACGCUGCUGCGAUUGGCCAAGAUGAAUGAAGAGAUGAGAGAGUCCGAGGGUCCAUACACAGGUCUCACAGGUGAUGAAACAUACCAGGACAUUUUCCAGGAUUUCUCCCAAAUGGCAUCGGAUGAUCCAGAUAAACUGCAUCGUUUUUGAUAAGAUUUUUUUUAAUCAUGCAGCAUGAUGAAGGGUUUUUUUUCCCCCAUUUUGUUUAUUACAUCUGAAACAUUUUAAAAUAUUUUAUAUUUCCCAGAAUGCAGAAACGACUAUACCAAAGAUAGAUUGUUACAUCAAUGUAAAGUGGUAUAACUGAUGUGAUAAUGAUAUCACUUCUGAGUCACGAAGAUGUAAAUAUUUAAGUCUCUACAUUAUUACUGCAUGAUCUGAUGGUUUUAUUUUACUCUGUAUUUAAAAUCUUGUCAUUCUUGACAUUUAAAAAAUGUCAUGCUCUUUUUGUCACAGUGAGGUUGGUGUCUUUUUUUUUUUUUUGGGAGAAUCACUCGACGUGUGGGUUUUAGUUAAUUCUAUAUGAAUUAUAGAAUGUCGGAAUGUAAUGUGUUUUAUUCAUGUUAAUGUUAUAGCCAUAUAUUGAAUUAUAUUUCUUUUUUUCCCUUCUUUAUUUGCAUCAUUCUGUUUUGAGUGUUGAGGUUAUUUUUAUUUUUUAUUUUUAUAUAUAUAUUUUUCCCCAGUUAAUUUCCAGGUCACUUCAUCACUUGGCCUUUCUUUAUUUAAAAUAAUUUAUUUAUUGUUUUUCUCACCAUAACAAUACGUUCUGAGAGUUUUUUGUUUGUUUGUUUUUAUUGAUUAGAUUUUUUUUCUCCCCAGUGAUUGGCAUGGAGCUCUAAUUUUUGUAGCACUUUUAUGAUCUGUAAGGUCUCUCUCUCUUAUUUAUAUUUAUAUAUAUAUA